AUGGCAGGCGACGGCGAGUACAGUUUCAGUCUCACCACCUUCUCCCCCAGUGGGAAGUUGGUUCAGAUCGAGUACGCGCUCAACCGCGUGCAGCAAGGAGCGCCGGCUUUGGGAAUCAAAGCCAAGAACGGAGUCGUCAUCGCUGCAGAAAAAAAACUGACCACUCCCCUCAUCGAGGAGGCCUCAGUCCGGAAAGUCGAACACUUCACACCCAACAUCGGCUGCGUCUGUGCGGGCAUGCCCGCCGACUUCCGCGUGGUGAUGAAAAAGGGUAGAAAGGAGGCUGCUGCGUAUAACUUGUUCUACAAGACGCCCAUUUCUGUCAGCCAACUGGUGCAAGACGUCGCAGCUGUGAUGCAGGAGUACACGCAGUCCGGUGGUGUUCGGCCGUUUGGUCUGUCUCUCCUCGUCGCCGGCUACGACGAGUACGGCCCCCAGCUGUACCAGGUGGAUCCGAGUGGCGCCUAUUUCGGAUGGAAGGCUUCUGCGAUUGGCCGUGACAUGCAGAAUGCAAAGACUUUUCUGGAAAAGCGGUACAACCCAGAUAUCGAACUGGAAGACGCGAUUCACACCGCCAUUUUGACGCUCAAGGAAGGCUUUGAAGGAGCAAUGAACGAGCACAACAUUGAAAUCGGUGUCGUAGGGGAGGACCGCAAAUUCCGCAUUCUGACUCCGGCGGAAAUCAAGGACUACUUGGGAGAGGUUGAGUAA